GCUAAGCCGGCAACACUGAACGUGGUUCAGGCCUGUGUUCACACCAAUUUAAUAAACAUUAUUGUUUUUGUGUAUUCAAAGUGAAAUAGGAAGUGUUAUGUGUGGAAAUGUGUGUUGAUUUUUACGAGCUGUAUCCUCAGUAGAAAUCGUCCAAAAAUAAAGUGUAUUUCAUAAUAUUUUAUCAGAUUAAACUCGGUAGUCAUGUCUACCAAUUAGCUUUGCUCGCCGUGUUUACACCAAUUAGCAAAUAAAUAAACUGUGUUUGUUGAAAACAUUAGCAAAUGUGCACAUUAUAAUCUCAAUUUGAUAUCCAAACACAGAUGACAUGAUUAAUGAGGUUAAGAGCUACCUUGAUCACGGCGGCGGCUGGCACGACGGUGGGAUGGACGUCUCCCAUGCUGGUGCUGUUGAUGGCACCAGACUCCCCGAUCCAGACCUCGCCCGAUCAGAGUUCGUGGAUCGUCUCGCUCAUGAUCCUCGCCUCAGCUAUCAGCCCUCUCCCUGCGUCAUACCUCGCAGACAAGAUCGGCACGAAGCGGACGCUUCUCCUAGCCGCCAUUCCCUACAUCAUCGGCUGGAUCCUCGUGAUGCUGGCGAGCAAUGUGGCCACCAUCUACGUCUCCAGACUCAUCUCAGGGCUGGGCUACGGCAUCGCUUACACUGCUGCCCCCAUGUACUUGGGGGAAAUCGCCUCUGAUAAAGUUAGGGGCGCCAUGGCGACUCUCAUCACAGUUAUGUCUAAGUUUGGAAUAUUAUCUCAAUAUGCCAUCGGGCCCUACGUGUCAAUGCUGGCGCUGGCCAGCUUCAACAUUGCGAUACCCAUCCUCUUCGUCGUCACCUUCAGUGCCAUGCCAGAGUCUCCGUACUAUUUCAUAAAAUCCGGACGCCUCGGAGAGGCCGAAAGAUCCUUGAAGAAACUGCGAGGCAAAGAUUUCUUCAGAGAGGAAUUGGACAGCAUGUCCAACUUAGUGAACGAAAACAUGAAAGAGAAAAGUCGAUGGAAAGACUUGGUGACGGUAGGAGGCAACAGAAAAGGCUUGAUAAUCUUACUGGGGAUUUACUUCACCCAGCAAUUCUGUGGUAGCACGGCAAUCAUAUCCUACGCGCAGCAAAUUUUCGGUGCAGCCGAAGGUGGAUUAGGGGCUGAAGAGUCGUGUAUUUUAUUUGGUUCAGUCCAACUGCUAACAUCAGCUAUAUCCUCCCAGCUAGUGGACAGGCUUGGAAGAAAGCCCCUUUUGCUUGUUUCGUCGUGCGGCGUUGGUCUAGCCAACAUCAUCAUCGGCGCAUAUUUCUUUGUGAAAGAUCUGGACAGCGAAUACCUCGUUGGACUCAAAUUCAUUCCUAUCGUUGUGAUACCUAUAUUUAUAUUUUCGUACACUAUCGGUCUAGCGACAGUACCUUUUGCCAUCACGUCGGAAAUAUUCCCGACGCACAUCAAGUCCAAAGCAACUUGUGUGAUACAAAUAGGUGUGGCGCUAAUGACAUUUGCUGUUACGAAAUUAUUUCAAGUAGUUAAGGAUAAUUUAGGCGAGUAUGUAGCCUUCUGGGGCUUCGGUGUAUUAUCGGUAGCAGGUGUGAUAUUCAUAUUAAUUUUGCUUCCUGAAACAAAGGGGCAGUCUUUCGCAGCUAUACAAGAAAAACUGUACACGCCCAAUGAAAAAGUUGUGUAUGAAAAACAAAAUGGUAAUUCAGGGCUCGUGAGAAUUGAUCUAUAGUAAUCUGAUCUCUAGACUGCUUGAAUACGUAUAAAGUAUAUAAAUAUGCUACUAUAAUCAUUAAGAUUAGUAUAAUUAUUAUUAUGUAUUAAGUACUUAAGCAUGUUGGUUACCUAAAUUUGUGAUAUGUCGAUUCUAUAAAGGUAUUCCAAACAGAAUAUUAUUCUUCUGAGAUACACAAUUUACUUUAAGUAUUAAUUUACUAUUGCUUAUUUUGAGAUUUCGUUUAGUGCAUUAUUUAUUUUAAUGAAAUUAUUAUCUAAUACUAUAUACCAAGUGGUGCAAAAAUGACUAUGCUACGAAUAAAACUUUUGCUACAAAAGGAGGUAGGUACACCCUGAAUUCAUGGAUGUAGGUACAGCCUUUACCAUUGUACUUCCAUUGUUACUGGACUACAUCUGCAUAAUUUGAUUUGAUCAAUUUCCUGAUGAUACACAAAAUAACAAUAUUAAUCGUAGUAGGUACAUAAUAAUAUUAAGUACACUCUUGCACCACUUUGUGUACUUGUAUGAAUAAUGGUAGAAUCAAAACAAUCAAAUAAGGAAACAAGUGUACUUACUAAUUGUAUUUUGAUAAAUAUUUAUAAUUCUUAACGUUUAUGAUAUGAGCUUUUAAUCAGAGUGCCUUUAUUAAUGACAUUUUUAUUAAGUACAAAUAAAUAAAUAUUAGUAUAAGUAAUUAUAUUUUUAUAGAAUAGUUAAUGAUAAAGUUACCAGUUACAAUGAUAUACAAGUUACGUUUAAGUAAGUGAUUUCCAAUAUUUAUUUUCGAAUAUAUUAUUACGCGAAUUUAUUAUAAGAGCACCGCCAGUAUGUAGAAUUUAAUUACAUUAUGGACAUCUAAGUUAUUAUUAUACC